GUUUAGAUCAUCGUUCAGGAUCCGAAGCAGCCAGUUCGUGCCUAAACCGUGGAAAUUUGGCCAACCCCCCUUUUUCUUGGGCUUCAUCUCUAUCAUUUCUCCGAUCGUGCAGUGGCCCCUGUCAAUCCAACUAAAAAGUGGUCCCUCCUGGCCCCGUCAAGAGGGUGCGACAAGGCUGUCUUCCAACUUCCCAUCUCUUAUCAACUCUGCCACUUUGCCUGAUCAUCCAUCCUCUUCUCUACCCUGGGCCUCUUUGAGUGUUAGACUUUCAGCUGGUCCUGAUUCCGAUCCCUAUAAUACUAUUCUAAUCUGUGCGCUUCGUUGAUAUCUCGCUGCGGCCGUUGUUAAUUCCACUCAAAUUUGAUACCCCUUUGCCGCGGCUCUGCUGAAUCCAGCCUCGAGCUUCUUUCAACAUCGGAAACAUUUCUUCGCCUUGAGCUCUCGAGCUUAUUUAUUAUCUACAUCUUUAAUUUACGAAUAUUCAAAAUGACCGACGCAGACCAAGACUUCAAGCCUAAGGCUCGGCCGCAGUCGACCAUGGCACAAGCUUUCUCUUCAGCGCUAGAUACCGCGUUCGCGCUCGAUACCGAUGUCGAUUAUCUUUCGCAAACUAUCGAUCAGAAAAAAUACCAGAUGAUGAUUCAGAACCGAGAAUUAGAAGAACUCCAGGCCAAAAUUCGAGAGGCCGAAGAACGACUGAAAGCGCGCAAAUCAAUGAUCAUGACUGGUAACUCUCAAUCAAUGGGAGUGCACAAAGAUGGAGGAUAUCAAUCCACUGAAUCAGCAUCAGCGACGACAUCGCCAACGGACACGGCUGGUCAGUACUCGAGCGGCGACGAACAACGGCAGCAGCCGGACGACCGGCAGCAGGGACGCAAUUCUUGAUCGUAGUCGCCUGCCAGGGUCGGCAAAUAGUACAGUUACCGGCUAUAAAGCAGGGCUCCAAUGGGUUCGACUAUGAUUGCUCCUCGUCUUGAUCUCCGGUAAACUAACAGGCACGGACAUCCGGAGAAAUCAGUUCUGUUGGUUUGUUUUAUGUGCGCGUGCUCUCAGGGCGUGCUUUCGGCUCGUGCCCUACAGGCGUUAGAAGAUUGAAGAUAUCUCUUUGAUCUAUGACCCACGGCGAUGCAUCCCUGGCACCUAUAGCAUGCUUGGCGUAUUAGGCUCAAUCAGCGUUUGAAGCCAUGUCAUUUUUGCGCCGGCCAGAAGCCUAGGUUUGCUUAGCUGUGGCAUAUUUGUU